UUUCAGGGAGACGAUGGAUCACGACCCACUGCACUGCGAUUUUCUCAGUGCAAUGGACUUCAAGUCAAAGGACUGAAGCACAGGAACAGCCAACAGAACCAUGUUUCCAUAAACGGAUGCGACGGAGCAGACAUUUCAAACCUGGACAUCAGGGCCACUGCCACGAGUCCCAACACGGAUGGAAUCGACAUUAGCGCCUCCACCAAUGUUCGUAUCCACGACUGUCUCGUGGCAACCGGGGACGAUUGUAUUGCCAUUAAAGGGGGUACUUCAAAUGUACACAUAUCCAAUAUAGCAUGUGGACCGGGACAUGGAAUAAGUAUCGGGAGUUUAGGGGAAGCUGGAGGCCACGACCAAGUAGAAGGAAUAAGCAUAACCAAUAGCAGCUUUACGAGAACUGAGAAUGGAGUGAGGAUCAAAACAUGGCAGGGAGGCUCUGGAUUUGCGAAGAACAUCACCUUCUCAAGAAUCACCUUCGUAGCAGCUGAUAACCCUGUUAUUAUUGACCAGUAUUACUGUCCUCACAAGAAAUGCGCCGACAAAACAUUUGCAGUAAAAAUUAGUGAUGUGAGGUACUCGGGACUCCACGGAACAUCAAUCGGCAAACAAGCUACGAUAAACUUCAGCUGCAGCGAAGUCGUUCCCUGCACGAACAUCGUAAUGGAUGAUGUAGACAUAGAAUCAGCAGAUCCAAGUCAUCAUUCAACUACAGCCCACUGCAACAAUGCUCAUGGCACAGCUCAUGCAGUGCACCCACCGGUGAAUUGCCUUAUCAACCACUAGAUAUAUAGCCCCGUUUACUUUGAUGUAUUAAACUCAGUAUUUUAUUAUAAGGUACGAGGACUCGGUAUUAGACCAUAAACCUUGUACCAAUCACUGUUCCAGCUACAACUACUCUGGUAAACGUGUAAUUUUUCAAUUUUACCCACAUCUUUUUUUGUCUUUGCUACAUCUCAAAAGAUUCAAUAAUAAUUUCUCCAAUCAAUAGUACAUGUAUAUCAGUUAAAGUAAAUACAUAACUAAAUUUUAUCAUGAUGCAAUAAUACUAUCACUUAUUUAA